UGCCAGGGCACUUUUUGUCAAAGUUUUUUGUCACAACUAAUGAAAAUGAGCAGCGGUUCAAAUCAGAGGACUUUGUUCCAGACUUGGGGUGGAUCCGCUUCUCAAAAUAGGGCUGUUCAACCGAAAAAAGAUGGCAAGAAGCCCGCUGGACGGCGCAAAGCAACCCAAAGCAACACUACACAGGUAGCUAAAACAAACCUUCCCAGAAACCCUCUGUGGACUGAAAUAGGUCAGGGGUCCUCAUACACACCAGAGAUCCCAGGAAGGACAGAGGAGCUUAAACCUGUGUGUGAAUAUGAAGAUGACGACGAUGAUCUGAUGGUGGUCGCUGUGUAUGAAGCUGAAAAGAGCCUGCAACUUGACAAUGUGCACUCUUUUCAACAUGACAACCUUGUAGGAACAGAGAGCACUGCCUGCUCAUCCCUCCCCUCAAGUGUGGGGCAGACAUAUCCAGACUUCCCUGGCUUUGACGGCUCCUCAGCUAAGGUAUGGAUUUACCCCACCAACUAUCCCAUCAGGGAUUACCAGCUGAAGAUAUCAGAGGCUGCCCUGUUUCAAAACACACUGGUGUGUCUCCCCACUGGUCUGGGAAAGACCUUCAUAGCCUCUGUGGUUAUGUACAACUUCUACCGGUGGUAUCCAUCUGGGAAAAUUGUGUUCAUGGCUCCCACCAAACCUCUGGUGGCCCAACAGAUCGAGGCCUGUUACAAAGUGAUGGGGAUCCCUCAGGCACACAUGGCUGAGCUGACAGGCAGCACAGCAGCAAAGCAGAGACAGGAGGUGUGGAGGACCAAGCGCGUCUUCUUCCUCACACCUCAGGUCAUGGUGAACGAUCUGUCUCGAGAGUCGUGCCCGGCCCAGCAGGUCAAGUGUGUGGUGAUCGAUGAAGCCCACAAGGCGCUGGGCAACCAUGCCUACUGUCAGGUGAUCAGACAACUUGGCAGCCAGACUCUGCAGUUCCGCAUCCUGGCCCUUAGUGCUACUCCAGGGGGAGACACAAAGUCGGUGCAGUCGGUGAUCUCUAAUCUGCUCAUCUCUCACAUUGAGCUGCGUUCAGAUGAGAGUCCGGACAUCCAGGCCCAUUCCCACCAGCGCAGCGUGGACAAAGUGGUGGUUCCUCUGGGAGAUGUCCUUUCUGCUUACCAGGCACACUAUCUGCAGGUGCUGGAGAAAUUCAUGUCUCGUCUGUUCCAGAACCGGGUGAUGGCACACAAAGACUUGCGGACACUCAGCAAAUACCAGCUCAUCCUCGCCAGGGAUCAGUUCCGCAAGAACCCACCGCCACAGAUCAAGGGUCCACAGCAGGGAAUGCUGGAGGGCGACUUUGCCCUUUGCAUCAGUCUGUAUCACGGCUACGAGCUGCUGAUGCAGAUGGGGCUCCGGUCGCUCUUCUUCUACAUCCAGGGGAUCAUGGAUGGAUCCAGAGAGAUGUCCAGGGCCAGAAAUGAGCUGCAGAGGACUCCCGCCUUCAUGGAACUGUACCAUGAGAUGGAAGCAAUGUUUGUGAAGCCAUCUGCUGGUCCAGAAGAGCCAUUUGUGUACAGUCACCCCAAGCUGGAGAAACUGGAGGAGGUGGUGCUGCAGCAUUUCAGACAGUGGGAUGAGAGCUCAGCAGACAACACUGGUCCUGAAGAAGUAAGCACCCGUGUGAUGAUCUUUUCAUCGUUCCGGGAGAGCGUGCAGGAGAUCGCCGCUAUGUUGAAUCGCCACGCUCCGCUGAUAAGGGUCAUGACGUUUAUGGGCCAAGCCUCAGCAGGGAAGGGAGUGAAAGGCUUUACCCAGAAGGAGCAACUUGAGGUGGUGCACAGGUUCCGUCAGGGAGGCUUCAACACGCUUGUAUCGACGUGUGUUGGGGAAGAGGGGCUGGAUAUCGGAGAGGUGGACCUCAUUGUAUGCUUCGAUGCUCAGAAGAAUCCCAUCCGCCUGGUGCAGCGAAUGGGGCGUACUGGACGGAAGCGGCAGGGACGCAUCGUUGUCAUCCUGGCAGAGGGACGCGAGGAAAGGACCUACAACCAGAGCCAAAGCAACAAGCGCAGUAUCUACAAGUCCAUUAUUAGCAGCAAAAACGGGUUCCACAUGUACCCCAACAGUCCCCGUAUGAUGCCUGAGGGGGUGAACCCCACCCUGCAUAAGAUGUACAUUACCUGUGGCCAGUUUGACCAUCAGGAGAACAGCAGGCGGUCUGUCAGAGGUCGAAGGUCCCACUCUGAAGGACGAGCGUCACUCAUCCACCCCCAAAACCUAAUUCGCCAGGGCAGUGCAACAUCGGACGGGUUUCUGAGCAGUACUGAAUAUUCCCUCUGGGCGUCCACCAUGAGGCUGGAGAAAGAUGAAGCUCAUCCAACCCUGGAAAAGUCGCACUUCAUGACCUUACCGACUGCUCUACCACCUCAGGAGGAAGUUUCCAAACACCAGACACCAGUUUCCAGAGAGCUGUCUUUGUGGGAAUGGAGACACUGGCAGCACAAAGCGCUUCCCACCCAUGUUGUGGAUCAUUCCCUCCGCUGCCACCACUUCAUUAAAGUGAUGGAGCUCAUAGACGGCAUGAGAGAGGAAAAUGAGGGUGAAUGCCGUUAUGAGCAGGAGCUUCUCCCUUACCUCCACAAAGCCGAUGGCCACGUGAAGAGGGGACAGAAAAAACAGAAGAGCGCCAAGAAUUGCUCUGAAAACACCAGCAGCAAACCCAAACCGUCUCGCCCGGUGUUGUCUGAUCCGGGAUACAUCGACGAAGAAGCAGAGACGCCGUUCUUCCUGAGACUUCCUGUUCCACAUUAUACCGAGGCGUCUAAUGAUGAAGUCACAGAUCACCCGGGACCUGAGGCGAUCUGUCCUUGUCCCUCAAUCAAUGACUGCCCAGAAGCUGACAUGGAUGACAACUGUGUCUUUAUUAAUGAGGAUGUCAGUAAAUCAGAGCACAGAGAUGACGAGCCUGUAAAUUUUUAUGGGAUUACAAAAACUGAUCGAGAUGAAGAUGAAGAUGUCGAACUUCGGGCCAUGUUCUACCUUCCUAAAUGGGAUUCAUCACCUCCUCCCUCCUGUGCUCAACCCUGCCCAGGAAGAGAUGAAAGUCUGAAGGCCAUCCUGGCCAAUGUGGUGGAGCUCCUGUCCCGAUCUCCGCUGCCACACAUUGAAGAUUUAGAGGCCGACAUGGCUGUUCAGUCACUCCCUCCUACUCCUCCUCAUCAGCCAUUCCUGGUUAGCUUUACCCUGGGUGUGGAUGAUGAAGAUGAUGACAAUGAAGAAAUGAUAAUCAGUCCAUCCCCAGUGAGGGUGGACUCCAAUGAGCUCCCAAUGGGUGAAGAAGGCAGUGAAAUCUAUCAAGAUAUGCCUUGUCCAGAGGAGCAGCAGAGCGAUGACGUAGCGGCAGACAGUCCGACUUGGGAUGAGGUUUUCUCAGGAGAUGAAGCGAAGGAUAAUCAUAACAUAAGAGAUCAGAACAAAGAGACAGAUGAAGAGGAAAUAAAAAGUGAGAAUGAGAGCAUUGCAGAGGAAAAAGGGCAUCGUUGGGAUGAUCUGAGGAAUGAAGAAAAGCCAGACUUGAAAGAUGGCGGUGUAAAAGACAACAUGGACCAUCACAUGGACGACAGCAUGGAUCUGUUCGAGGAUGACGAAGCAUUCCUGCAGAUGACCAUCCCAGAAAUCUCAACUCCUGGGGUCACACCAAGGACCUCCCCUAUUGCUGGAGACUUUUCUGAUAGCACAAAAGAAACAUCUAACACUUUGCACAAGCACAGCCCAACAGCUGAAAGCACACAUACAUUAAACACACAUGAUUUUGCACAUGCAAAGCAAAGAAAUCUGACACCUCAGGACACAAACGCCCAAAGCACUACAGGGACCAAACACAAUGCAUGCGCAGAAACAACAAACAAACAGGAAACGGAUAGUUCAAGAAGAACUCCCACAAGGAAACAAAACCUUGACUCAUUCAACACGUCCCAUGACUUCUUCUCCGUCAACUUUGACCUCGGAUAUUCACUGGAGGAAUCUGACGAGGACGAGGAUGUUCCUGCCCCAUGUACGUCGACCUCCCCACAGCCUAGAAAGCAGGCCGCAUCCGACUCUUCCACUCCCUAUAACAGCUCCCACAGACCGAGAUUUCCUCUCGAGUCCAGUGAGUCAGCGCUAUCUACGCCACAAAUGCGAUCGGCCCGCAGGCAGAGAGAAGCUCUUCAGCCUUUAAUGUCUAAAGGCGGUGCGCUCCCAUCUCCGAUCACAUCCCUAGGACUUAGACGAACGCUCAUUCCUGGCGACGGCGAGCCUCGGACACCGUCUUUACUGUCCAGGCUAGAGCGGAGACGACUAGAGGGUCCUAUCCCUGAGGCAGGUGCGGAAAACGGCUCCCGUCAGGCAUCUGUUUGUUUGGCCGAGUCACCGCCUCAUCCAGAGGAGUGCAUCAGUGACAGUGAGGAUGAAGUUGUGGUUCAUAAAAGAAGACUUCAGAACAAGGUCAACCCGCUGUCAUCCCCAGAAAUGUCAAAGAUCUGCAGCGACGUGGACUCCCCGCUGGUCGUGAACAGGAAACGUCUUGCUGCACUUAAUACUUCGGAUGAAAUGGAGGGCGAAGCUGUCUCUGAUGAUGAUUUCCAGAAUGAGUCAGUGUUCACACGCAGAAACACGGCAGCCGAGAAGAAGCGAGUCCAACAUGGCAGAGUUAAGCAUGCCAUAUGCCGAGCGGGGCGUCAGUUCCUGGAUGAAGAAGCGGAGCUGUCAGAAGAAGACGAUGGGGGCGACGUGUCAUCCGAUGAAGAGGAUGGAGACGAGCAGAAUCACUCUCUUGACGGAUUUGUUGUCGACACCACACACUGUUCACAGGGACUGAACGAGUCAGAGAUGCACGGUAUUUACCUGAAGUCUGUGAGAAGCCCUGCAGUCCAGGGAAAGUUUAAAAUGUCCUACAGAAAUCAACACAAUAUGGACAUAUUUUCUCAGGUGCCCGAGAUGGAUGAAACAUAUGCAGAGGAUAGUUUUGUGGUGGGCAGUGAGGUGGAGGAGCUGGAGAGCAGCGAGGAAGAGGCCGAAGACAUUGAGCUCAUGCCCGAGGACUCGUAUGUGGACGGGAAGAGGCAGUAUGCCACCAGACGGCGUGUUUUCCUGCACAAAGCGAGGGCCGGAGCUAAGAGUGCAGCUGAGGCUCCGCCGGAGCAGAGAGCAGGAGUGAAAGCCAAGCGCUCCCGUGUCAUUCGCAUUAACGAUUCCAGCGAGGAGGAGACGGAGGAAGUAAGUAAGAAGAGAAGUCUCAUCGCAGAAAGUACUGUUGCUGCCCCCUUGUGGCCAAAGGAGCAGCAGAACCCCUCCUCCGCAUCUUCAACCAUAGCAUCCAAGGUCUCGCUGCUGAGCAAGGCGCAGAGAUGCACAGUGACUGAGGACAAGCAAAACGAGAGGCAUCGACAGAGGUUUGAAAAUCAGCAUCUGCUCUCGGAUGAACUAGACUUCGAAAAGCCAGAGUUGCCGUUAUUAUCCAAGAAACCACCCCAGGCUUUCUCCGCCACCUCCUCAGUGCUUCAGAAGUCCACUGUGCAGGAUUUGUCAGUCAGUGAGUCACCUGCAACGUCCGCAGCUGUUAGCAUCCUGGUCGACAGUCGCUGCAUCAGCAGCGGGGUGGAGCUGAUGACCAGCCUGCGUCAGCGCCACGCAGCCACCGUCCACAUCUGCUCGCUCGAUGGCAGCUACUUCAUCGUCAGCAACCGCACGGCAGUGGAGAGGCACAGCCAGUCGGAUUUGGCCUCUGUGCAGAACCGGAAGCGGUUGGCUGAGAGAGUGAACAGCUUGCAGCGGUUGUUUGAGCGCGUUUGUCUGAUCGUGGAGAAGGACCGGACCAAGCCAGGUGAGGCGUCACGUCCCUUCCAGCGCACGCGUUACUACCACGGCACCCUGACAGCACUUGUGCGGACCGGAGUGCGCUUGCUGUGGAGCAAUGGCCCUGAAGACAGCGCCGGCUUGCUGGCAGAUCUGGCGCGGCUGGAGCAGCGUAAAGGUCAGGGCAUCACUGUACCGCUGGAGGUCAAAGGGCAGCACAGGCUGCAGGCGCUGCAGUUGUACUUGAGUCUGCCCUCAGUCAACUACGUCCACGCCCUCAGCAUGAGCCACAACUUCAGGUCAAUUGCUCAACUCAUAAACAGCUCCAUUGAAGAUGUACAGAAGAGAGGCAGUAUGAGUCGAUCCAGAGCUGAGGAGAUCUACCGCUUCCUGCGCUACUCCUGUGACUCCUUCCUUAUGAACACUUCAAAAGUAGCAAAAAACAGCUAGCACAGUGGAGAAACCACAAUCUGGUAUCUAUUUCUACUUUUAUGCUUUGUUUUCCUGUUUUCCCAUAUUUUUGCACUACCUACUCUUUCUGACUGAUGUGUCUGUACUUCUCCUGCCCUUUUUGCCAUAUGACUGUUUAUCAGUCUCACCAGGGACUGUUAAAGUAACCGCUCUAUUGGAUCUCUCCAUGAGAGAAGAACCCGAGGACAUUGGUGCACCCUUCUAGUUGAAGGGGAACUCUCUUCAGCGAAUUCAAUGUUCUAUAAAACAAGAGGUUUCUUGAUAUAAAGCAUAUUAUUUGUUUAAUGACGUUAUCUUUUUUUAUUAUUUGGAUGAGAAGGGUUUUCUUUAAGACCUCUGUGCCGACACUAAUCCUGUCAGAUGGUGAUCUCAAUAUUUGAUGGACACUUGAAUAACUUAUUGUUUUUGUCGAAAAAUAAUGAACACAUUUGUUUAAAGAACUACUCUGAAAGUGAUAAAUAUGGUGUCAGAUUUCUUUAAUAAACAAUGCUUUAUUUUUGUA